AUGGCUUUACGACAGUCCGUGGCCGGGCUCUCCAAGAGCCUCUCGCGACAGACUGCAUCGCCACUCAUCCUGCCAAAGAGCGCCGGACAGUCUGCAAGAUGUCUGGCCUCGAUACACAACCCCCCAGUGACGCAGAAUUCAGCCGGAUCAAAGGGACCUACAGCCAUGGUUUUCAUGAAUAUGGGCGGUCCGUCAACCACAGACGAGGUUGGGGACUUCUUAAGCCGUUUAUUCGCCGACGGAGACUUAAUCCCGUUGGGAAGACUACAGAACUACCUCGGGCCCUUGAUCUCAAACCGGCGCACUCCCAAGAUACAGAAACAGUAUGCUGCCAUCGGUGGUGGUUCCCCGAUCCGAAAGUGGUCUGAAUAUCAAAACGCCGAGAUGUGCAAGAUCCUUGACGAAAUUUCUCCCGAGACAGCACCACACAAGCCGUACACCGCCUUCCGCUAUGCAAACCCGUUGACCGAGGAGAUGUAUAACAAGCUUCUAGCAGACGGUUUCGGCAAUGGGAAGGGCGGUCGUGCUGUCGCGUUCACACAAUACCCGCAAUACUCGUGCUCUACCACCGGAAGCUCAAUCAAUGAGCUUUGGAAGUGGCGGAACAGACUCGAAAAGAACAGUCAGGGGGCCAUAGAGUGGAGUGUCAUUGACAGGUGGCCGGUACAUCCGGGACUGGUGGAAGCCUUUGCGCAGAACAUCGAAGCCAAGCUAAAGGAGUACCCCGAGGAAAGACGGAACCAGGUCGUGUUGCUCUACUCUGCGCACAGCUUGCCUAUGUCGGUUGUCAACAGAGGUGAUCCAUAUCCUGCCGAAGUAGCAGCAACUGUCUACGCCGUUCAACAAAGACUCGGCUUUUCGAACCCUUACCGGCUCUGUUGGCAAUCCCAGGUUGGCCCAUCCGCCUGGCUGGGUCCUCAGACGGCCACCUCGGUCGAGGAGUUCGUGCACAAAGGUCAAAAGGACCUGGUACUUAUUCCGAUUGCUUUCACGUCUGACCACAUCGAGACAUUAUAUGAGCUGGACCAAGAAGUAAUUGGUGAUUCGGGCCACCCGGAGACCGUCAAGCGCGCCGAAAGUCUGAACGGCAAUCCGACAUUCAUCAAGGGUCUAGCAGAUAUCGCAAAGAAACACCUUGACAGCGGUAUCACCUGCUCCCUACAGAUGGGCCUGAGGUGUCCCGGAUGCAAGAGUGAGCGGUGCUUGGAGAGCAAGAAGUUCUUCGCCGGAGAAGGCAGGGUGCCGGCGUAA